ACAAAAUCGAUAUUAAUUUCUAAUGACGUCUAAUUAUUAUAUUGACUGUCCUAAAACUAAACUCAUAAUACAAGAGAACUUUCAUAGUGUUGUUAUUAGCAAAGGAGGAUCGAUCGAGGAUGGGAGUCGGAGAGGAGACUACUACGACGGUGGCUAACCUUCCCAUUAUCGACUUAUCGGCGCCUGAUCGAGAAUCCACGGCUGCAACACUUCGCCAGGCAUGCAUUGACUUCGGUUUCUUCUACAUUGUGAACCAUGGAGUGGACAAGGAUCUGUUUGGGAGAUUGUUUGAGGAGAGUCAAAAGUUCUUUACACUUCCUUUGGAUGAUAAAAUGAAAAUAGCUCGCAAAGGAAUUCGUGGAUAUACACCUUUAUAUCAUGAGAAGUUGGAUACCGCUACCUCUACCAAAGGUGAUUCUAAGGAGUUUUUGGACAUUGGGCCGCUUCAUGAUGAAGUUAGAGAUUCGAACCAGUGGCCUUCUGAAGAUGAUUGUGGCAUUCCAGAGCUUCUUCCAAACUGGAAAACAACCGUGGAAGCAUACCAUGAUAAAAUCAUGAAAGCUGGAAAAAGAUUAUAUUCACUUCUUGCUGUGGCCUUAAACCUAAGUGAGAACUAUUUCGAAGACAUUGGAGCUUUGGAUCCACCAAUGCCUUUCAUUCGCCUCUUACGUUACCCAGGGGACCUCAGUUACUACACUAAUGAAGUUCUAGGUGCUUCUGCUCAUUGUGAUUAUGGAAUGAUGACACUAUUAGCGAUUGAUGGUGUUGCUGGACUACAGGUUUGCCGGGAAAAAGAUCGUCAGCCACGUAUUUGGGAGGAUGUUCUUCAUAUUGAGGGGGCCUUAGUUGUCAACAUUGGGGACCUUACUGAGAGGUGGACGAAUAACGUGUUUAGGUCAACAUUGCAUAGAGUUGUGCCAACAGGACAAGAACGUUAUUCAGUGGCUUUCUAUCUUGACCCAUCGCAUGAUCUUAUGGUGGAGUGCUUAGAAACUUGUUGCAGCGAAUCAAAUCCUCCAAGAUUUCCUCCAUUCCGUUAUAUUGACUACCUUUUAGAACGUUUUGAGGGCACAUUUGAAGCUUGAAUUCAAGUUAUAUAUACGGAUUAGUAAAUAAGUAUGAAGUAUCAUGUAAACUUGUAAAGCCCUAUAAUUUAAAAGGCUGAAUUAUAUUAUGUUAAGGGCUUUGGUAUAAGGUUAUGUAUAGACUUACCCUUGUCAGCUUUGAUGGUAAGGGCAGCUUCAUCUCUUGUUAAUUCGUCUUAUGUUAAAUACUUUAUUCGUUCCUUAAAUAUUGCACCAUUUUAACUUUUAUAAUAUUUAUAUUA